UUAAGCAGUUUUAUGACUUUCUCCCACUUAAAUGGAAAUUUCUUGAAGGAGGGAUGUGGGCUCAUUUCCCCAGGCUUCUCUGUCAGGAGAAGCCCCAAGGCAGCUCCCUCACGGCAAAGGAGCCACUUUGGAGUUUUACGCCCUCCCCACACCCCAUCCCUGGGGAAGGGAAGGAUGUUCUGUGACUCUUGGGCAUGCUAUCUGAGGCUGGGGAUGGAAAGUCACAGCCUGCAGGCUGAACUGAGUCGCGGGAAGCCGCUGGCGGUCUCCGGGUGUGUCCAUUGAACUGCGGAGGAUUGGUCCUCAGCGCGGGAACCCAAGCCUCGAAGCGUCGCCCUGAGGCUAGCCAGCACCUGGAGGGCAGGACCGAGCCGCUCCUGCCCACACCCUUUGCGGGAGGAUGGCAGGACCAGGCGCGGUAUAGCUGAGGGAGAACCCCAGAGACUCGAUCGUCCAGGUUGUUCACCGGGCACCGGGCGGACUUCACUCUCCGGACAGCUCCAAGCCUCAGGAAGAAGCGACCCAAACUCUGGCCUGGGAGACAGACUUAGAAUCAGGCCGGUGCUCUGCAGGGGGCGGACUAAGCUGACCUGGGCUGAGUGACCCGGGAGCGUGCUUUGGGGCAUCCUGCACACCCCAGGCCCGGCCCGUGGACACUCUGGGGAGGAGGGAGUGGCCGCAGCGGGACUAAGGCAGAGCGAGGGACACCUCUCAAAGUGACGCCCCCAACAGGUCCGGAUUUGGAAUCGGCAGCGCCAGAGAUCCGGACCUCCCGGGCCCGCCUCGCACCCCACCGCCCCCGCCCGGAGCCCGGGCACUGAGCUUGCCGGCCCCCGGGGGCGCCCCGUCGGCUGCGGGUUUUCUCCGGCAGACCUGCCCGCGCACAUGAGACCGCUGCCCCCGCCGCAGGCGCCGGCGCCCCCCUCGCGGUGCCGGUGGUGAUGCCAUGCCCCGCCACCACGCGGGAGGAGAGGAGGGCGGUGCCGCCGGGCUCUGGGUGAGGAGCGGCGCGGCGGCGGUGGCGGGUGGGGGGCGCCCGGGCAGCGGCAUGAAGGAUGUGGAGUCCGGCCGCGGCAGGGUGCUGCUGAACUCGGCUGCCGCCAGGGGCGACGGCCUGCUGCUGCUCGGCACCCGCGCGGCGGCGCUCGGAGGAGGUGGCGGCGGCCUGAGGGAGAGCCGCCGGGGCAAGCAGGGGGCCCGGAUGAGCCUGCUGGGGAAGCCGCUCUCCUACACCAGCAGCCAGAGCUGUCGGCGCAACGUCAAGUACCGGCGGGUGCAGAACUAUCUGUACAACGUGCUGGAGAGACCCCGCGGCUGGGCGUUCGUCUACCACGCGUUCGUUUUUCUCCUUGUAUUUGGUUGCUUGAUUUUGUCAGUGUUUUCUACUAUCCCUGAGCACACAAAAUUGGCUUCAAGUUGCCUCUUAAUUCUGGAGUUCGUGAUGAUUGUUGUCUUCGGCUUGGAGUUCAUCAUUAGAAUCUGGUCUGCAGGUUGCUGCUGCCGUUAUAGAGGAUGGCAAGGAAGACUGAGGUUCGCUCGAAAGCCUUUCUGUGUUAUCGAUACCAUUGUUCUUAUUGCUUCUAUAGCAGUUGUCUCUGCAAAAACUCAGGGCAAUAUUUUUGCCACAUCGGCGCUUAGAAGUCUCCGGUUCCUACAGAUCCUGCGUAUGGUGCGCAUGGACAGGAGGGGAGGCACCUGGAAGCUGCUGGGGUCGGUGGUUUACGCUCACAGCAAGGAAUUAAUCACAGCUUGGUACAUAGGAUUUCUGGUUCUUAUUUUUUCAUCUUUCCUUGUCUAUCUGGUGGAAAAGGAUGCCAAUAAAGAGUUUUCUACAUAUGCAGAUGCUCUGUGGUGGGGCACAAUUACCCUGACAACCAUUGGCUAUGGAGACAAAACGCCCCUAACUUGGCUGGGAAGAUUGCUCUCUGCAGGCUUCGCACUCCUUGGCAUUUCUUUCUUUGCACUCCCUGCUGGCAUUCUUGGCUCAGGUUUUGCAUUAAAAGUACAGGAACAGCACCGCCAGAAACAUUUUGAGAAAAGAAGGAACCCAGCUGCCAACCUCAUCCAGUGUGUUUGGCGUAGCUAUGCAGCUGAUGAGAAGUCUGUUUCCAUUGCAACCUGGAAGCCACAUCUGAAGGCCUUGCACACCUGCAGCCCGACCAAUAAGUUCUGUAAUAAUAAGCAGAAGUUCUUCAGAAUGUACACCUCACGGAAGCAGAGUCAGAAGCUGAGUUUUAAGGAGAGAGUGCGCAUGGCUAGCCCGAGGGGCCAGAGCAUUAAGAGCAGACAAGCAUCAGUAGGUGACAGGAGGUCCCCGAGCACUGACAUCACUGCUGAGGGCAGCCCCACCAAAGUGCAGAAGAGCUGGAGCUUCAACGACCGAACCCGCUUCAGGCCCUCCCUACGCCUCAAGAGCUCGCAGCCAAAGCCAGUGAUAGACGCAGACACAGCCCUUGGCACUGACGAUGUGUAUGAUGAGAAAGGAUGCCAGUGUGAUGUGUCUGUGGAGGACCUCACGCCGCCACUUAAAACCGUCAUUCGAGCUAUCAGAAUUAUGAAAUUUCAUGUGGCAAAACGGAAGUUUAAGGAAACAUUGCGUCCGUAUGAUGUAAAAGAUGUCAUUGAACAAUAUUCUGCUGGUCAUCUGGACAUGCUGUGUAGAAUUAAAAGCCUUCAAACACGUGUUGAUCAAAUCCUUGGAAAGGGGCAAAUCGCGUCUGAUAAAAAGAGCCGAGAGAAAAUAACAGCAGAACAUGAGUCGACCGAUGAUGUCAGCAUGCUCGGCCGGGUUGUCAAAGUUGAAAAGCAGGUCCAGUCCAUCGAAUCGAAGUUAGACUGCCUGCUGGACAUCUACCAACAGGUCCUUCGUAAAGGCUCUGCCUCGGCCCUCACUUUGGCAUCAUUCCAGAUCCCACCCUUUGAAUGUGAACAGACAUCCGACUAUCAAAGUCCUGUGGAUAGCAAGGACCUGUCCAGUUCCGCGCAAAACAGCGGCUGCUUAACAAGGUCAGCCAGUGCCAACAUCUCAAGAGGCCUGCAGUUCAUUUUAACGCCAAAUGAGUUCAGUGCUCAGACUUUCUAUGCGCUCAGCCCUACUAUGCACAGCCAAGCAACACAGGUGCCAAUGAGUCAGAACGAUGGCUCCUCCAUGGCGGCCACCAAUAACCUUGCAAACCAAAUAAGCGCAGCACCCAAGCCAGCAGCCCCAACAACUCUACAGAUCCCACCCCCUCUCCCAGCCAUCAAGCACCUGUCCAGACCGGAGACCCUGCACCCAAACCCCACUGGCUUACAGGAAAGUAUUUCCGACGUCACCGCCUGCCUUGUUGCCUCCAAGGAAAAUGUUCAGUUUGCACAGUCAAAUCUGACCAAGGAUCGUUCCCUGAGGAAAAGUUUUGACAUGGGAGGAGAAACUCUGUUGUCUGUCCGCCCCAUGGUACCCAAGGAUUUGGGCAAGUCUUUGUCUGUACAAAACCUGAUCAGAUCGACAGAGGAACUGAACUUGCAGUUUUCAGGCAGUGAGUCAAGCGGCUCCAGAGGCAGCCAAGAUUUUUACCCCAAGUGGAGAGAAUCCAAAUUGUUUAUCACUGAUGAAGAACUGGGUGCCGAGGAGGCAGAAACAGAUACUUUCGAUGUCACCCCACAGCCUGCAGGGGAAGCUGCUUUUACAUCAGACUCUCUAAGGACUGGAAGGUCGCGGUCAUCUCAGAACAUUUGUAAGACAGGAGACAGUACGGAAGCCCUCAGUUUGCCUCAUGUCAAACUGAACUAAGUUCUUGUUUUCUUUCUAGGCAUAGCUGUUCUUUUAGCCAUACAUAUCACUGCAUGAACUAUUCUGAAAGCCCUUCUAAAAAGUCGAAAUCGCAAGAAUCAGGAAGAACGCGAACGGCAACUUAUAAGCCCGUUAUCUUUUAAUUGCAUGAAAAUGCAUGUUUAGGGAUGGCAGAAAUUCCAAGGUGCAUCAACAAUAACCCGUGCAUUUAGUAAUGUACCUUGAGUCUAAAAUCCCAAGCAAACAGUUGUUGCUGAUGCUAUGGGGUGUGUGAAGAUGUUGGGAGUAGUUCAAUUGCAAGAAUUGAUGCUGUAUUUUGAAAUUGUGAGAGUAAACACCUUCAAAUUUCA